AUGACUAAUUUCAAAAUAAUUCGAAAUAUCAAAACCGAAUUUGGUGGAAUUGAAGUUACUAAAUUAAAAUCAAUUAAAACUGGAUUAUCGGUUGUCUUUAUUAAUGUUGAAGCACCAAUUGUUAAUGGAUAUUUUGCUCUCGCUACUGAAGCUUUUGAUGAUUAUGGAUGUCCUCAUACAUUAGAACAUCUGGUAUUUUUGGGUAGUGAAUUAUAUCCCUACAAUGGAGUCUUAGAUGUAUUAGCCAAUCAAUCAUUAGCUCAAAGCACUAAUGCUUGGACAAGUCAAGAUAGCACUUGUUAUACAAUUGACACGGCAGGUAGUCAAGGAUUUUUAAAUUUAUUACCAAUAUAUGUAGAUCAUAUUUUAUUUCCUACUUUAAUUGAUAGUGCUCAUUAUACUGAGGUUGUUUAUUGUGAAAUGCAGGGAAUAGAAAAUAGUGCUGAUGCACGUUUUGAGAACGAAUAUCAACAUUUACUGUAUCCAGAAGGAAAUGGUUAUCGUAGUGAUACCGGAGGGAAAAUGGAGUGCCUUAGAAAACUUGGAGUUGAGAAAGUUCGUAAAUACCACUCAGAUUAUUAUAAACCUGAUAAUUUAUGUUUAAUUGUCACUGGUAAACUUGAAAUGAAUGAAUUAUUGAAAAAACUUGAAUCUCUGGAUGAAAGAAUUGCUUUAAAAGGAAUUCCACCUUCUCAUAAAAGACCAUUUGUAGACUCCACACCAAUUCCGCCAUUAGAGAAAUCUAUACAAAAAGUAGUAGAAUUUCCAGAUGAUGAUGAAAGUAUAGGACAAGUAAUGAUUAUUUGGCUUGGUCCUUAUAUUCAUGAAUUUGUAGAAAUUGAAGAUCCAUUGUGCACAGAACAAACUCGUACAACAAUUAUUGCCAAAUUUGAAAAUGUGCCAGUGGAAGAUUUAGAAGAAUUAGCUGAACAAGUUUUUAAAGUUUUUAAAAGAAUUGUUGAAGAAGAAAAGGAUGGAAUUGAUAUGGAUAGAAUGCAAAAUGUUAUACAAAGAGAUAGAUUGAAGACAAUUCCAUUUAUUAAUGUUAUCACUGGACGCAAUAAAUCCGAAGGAAGGAAGAAUGUUGUCCAAGAAUAUCUUGAUAAAGAUAUUCCAUUAAAGGAUUUACCUUAUUUUAUUCAAUAUGAUCUAUAUUUAGAAUCAUUUUAUGGUUUACCUUUAAAUAAUAAAGAAACAGGAAAACAAUUAUCAUUCGAAGAAGUAAUUUCUGAACUCAAUAAAGAAACGAUUAGUUAUGAUUAUUCAUUAGGUGUUGGUGGAGGUUUUGGAGAGAUUAUUCGUUUGGAAAUUAAAGUUGAAGUAAGAAUUCAAUGGUUAAAAGAUUUAUUAUGGAAUACUGAAUUUACAGCUGAAAGAUUGAAAAUUUGUGCUACAAAAUUAUUAAAUGAUAUACCACAAGCUAAACGUGAAGGAUCUAAUAUGAGUAAAACUGUAUCAGAAACAAUUCAUUAUAAUCCUAAUUCUAACAAAUUUGCAUUAAAUGUAUUGAAUCAAGAACGCAUUCUUCCUCAAGUUAUUAAAUCAUUAGAUACAAAUCCUAAAUUAAUUAUUAAUGAAUUUUCUAAACUUAGAGAGAUUUGCGAUAUAUUAAAACUAAAUCAACCCAAAACAAGUUGGAUUGAUAAUUUCAAGGUUAUUUCGAAUAUGCCACCUUUAUCUCCUAUACCAUUAGCACAACAUGUAUUAACUGAGUCUGGACGUUGUCCUGGUAAUAAAAGUAGUUUUUCUAUCCAUGUGGCAAAAGCACCUUUAAUGGUAUUAUUUGAAUUAUUACAAGCAUGUGAAGGAUUAUUCUAUAAAACUAUUCGUGGACAAGGAUUGGCAUAUGGUGUUAUGCUUUCAAUUAGUGUGGAAUCAGUUGCAAAGAAGGUUGGCUUUGGAGAUGGAUUUGAAGGUGCUAAAAGUGGAGUCAUUCAUGAACUUGUUAAUCAAGAGAGCAAUAUCCAAAAAGCGGCAAAACAAUCUUUUAUAUUGCAAGCAUUAAAAAAUUUGGAUGCAUCUUUUAAUAGAGAAUUAAUUUCCAAAGUUCAGAAAGUGAAAUUUGAAGAUCUUUAUAGUAUAUUAAUAAAAUAUAUUGUUAGUUUGUUCUUACCUGAGACCUCUAAUACUGUAAUUAUUUCUACUCCUAAUAAUGUUGAGAGUAUUCAGGCAUCAUUUAAAUCAAAUGGUUUUGAUUUUAAAAUAAAGAAUUUAAAUGAUAUUUUAAAUUAA